CUGCGUGCUACUAUUGGCUAUUGGACGUUAGAGAACGUUUAGUAACCGUCUUCCUUUUGGCUUGCUGUUAACAGGCGUUCGUUUGAUUCACACCGUAUAUAAUUACUGAUUAAGAUUUCAAGGGAUCUCUUAAAACUGAAAAAUUGGAAUGGCCCUCGGUAUUAUUAUUAUUAUUUUUAAAAGACAGUAUUAAAAAGCUUAGAAUGUAGACAAAACGUACAUUUCCAUGUUGGAGAAAGCUGUUGUAGAACGUAUGAUAUUCCUCACCUAAGCGGAUCAUCCUUGAUGCUUUGACUGAAGUGUCAAGCAACAUUAGAAGGAAGUGAAAAAUGACCACUGCUAACAAGACUCCCCCUGGUGCAGAUCCAAAACAGCUGGAAAGGACAGGAACUGUUCGAGAAAUAGGUUCACAGGCUGUUUGGUCUCUUUCAUCUUGUAAACCAGGCUUUGGGGUGGAUCAGUUACGAGAUGAUAACCUAGAAACAUACUGGCAAUCUGAUGGAUCACAGCCUCAUUUGGUCAACAUCCAAUUCAGAAGAAAAACUACUGUGAAGACUUUAUGCAUUUAUGCAGAUUAUAAAUCUGAUGAAAGUUACACUCCAAGCAAAAUCUCUGUGAGAGUAGGGAACAAUUUUCACAAUCUUCAGGAAAUUCGGAAUCUCCCAGUAUCAGAACGGGCUGCAGUUUCAAAUGGGUCAGGAUGCCAUUUAUAGAUGCCUAAUAUUUUCACUUGUGCACUUGAGGACUGGACUUUGGUGAUGUCUUCAUAAUUGGCACAAACUAGUGGUAUACCAAUCUUGAAUCUAUGAAAAGGUUUUGAUUGCUGUCUAAGAUUUUGAUUGUUUAAGCUAGCUAAACUUCUAUGUCAUCUGUUGAUUAUAUAAUUUCUGAUUGGCGAGAAUUGCUCCAGUAACUAAACUAGAAAAAAGUUAAAAUAUAAACAAAAUAAAAAUUUCAAUAUAUUAGAAACCUAUGCCAAAAAAUAGAAGAGGAGUAAAAUGCACAUUUUUCAAUUAAAAGAGAGGAGACAGGGAAAAUAAUGUGUAUGUUCUAUCUCUGGAAGUAUUGCUUUAAACCUAAAAAUAAAAUCAGAAAAAUAUUUAGUACAAUUCUGUCUGUUCUUUGAUCCCCCCCCCACUUUAAAUUCCACUAGAUGUCACUCUUGUCUUUAAAUUCUUUGGCUUCGUGUACCAACAUCAUUCUAUCUAUGCUUCUAUAUCUACCGUAGUUAUAGAAGCUGAGCAAUAUGGUUGAGAUGGGGAGAAAUUAUAUUCUACAGGCUAUCUUUGCUAUUCAUGCAUGCAUGUAAAAUGUUUAUAUUUUAGUGGACAAUUUUAAUCUUGAUGUGUAGACUUUCAUAGAUACGUUAAAUCCUGUUUUAUUUUUUCAACUGCUGCCAGAUUUUUAUUACUUCUGUAUUUGUCUCCGAUUGAUUUUAGCCUUUAUGCAAGUAAAGAAUGAUGAUGGGAAAUCUUAGCUUCUUAUUAAAUAGAGAAAACAUCUUACAAGUGCUAUUACAUUUGCUGUUCUCUACAACUUGCUUUUUAACAACAAAUUAGUAGAACUAAAAUCACAGGGCUAGAAGGAACCUUGGAAGUCUUCUAAUCCAACUUCCUGCCCAAGAUAUGAGACUAUUAGAUUACUAGAUUACUGCACUUAUGAAACAGUAAUGUAUAAACUGUAACUGCUUGUUAAAUGUCAUAUGAGGAGGCACUACCUGACUGAUCAAGAUUGAAAUUGAACACCCUCCCCCCCCCGCCCACCAAUAAUCAGUGUUGAAUCUGGUAAAAUCACUAGCUAUCAAGAAGACUGUAUGGAUGUAUCUAUGUAAUCACAAGGGCUGUGCUUGAGAGUUUCUAAUGAUCAUUUUGUUGUAUAGGUUUUCAUUUUCUUUAUAUCUAUCCAAUAUAUGAAGAAAGAGCAAAAUAAAUGAAAAUGCAUAUUUUAUGAAUAAUAUUGCCCAAUCCAACCUAUCAAGAGAAUGUGCAUAAGAUUUCAGCUCUGUUCUAGUUCUCAUUCUUUCAGUCUGCAUACUUAAUUAAAAGUGGAACAUCUUAUAUUUUAGUUUCCCCUUUUCACGAAAGAUGAAACAAUCCAAUCCAAUAAAGAAGGUUAACAUUCUAAAAUAAUUAGCAUUAUGAAAAUAAAGCUGAAUGACUUAGAUUUUAUCAUCAUUCUAUAUUUUUCUCUCUUUUCUCAUCUUAUGAUACAGCAAGAAGAUUCAGAACUUCUGCUUCUAUUUCAGAUUAAUUACCUUUGAGU